GGUUCAUAUGCUUGUAUGUUUGUUUUGGUAUCUUUUUGUUGAAAUUAAAGCGAACGAGAGUGCCAGCGGACACGUGAUGAAGGCACAUCAGUGAAAGUGACUUGGUAGUUAUUUUCAACGGCGAUAGAAGCGAUUGUAAGUCUCUCAGUCUCCAGUCCGGUGUUACUCCAACACCCUUCAAGCUUUUCUUAAUAAUAAGUACUGAGUACUACGAGCAACAUAUCAGAGAAGAGCAGGGCAUCAACACGAGCACCCUAGUACUGGAAAAUCGUCGACCACCAUGCUGCAUUCUACAGCACCCGGUGGUAUUUCACCUAGCGUGCUGCUCACCGCGGAGAUGAGCAAUUAAGGAGAGUUUUUUGUCAUCAUCAUGAUCCUAUGUGAAGAAGUCUUCAUCUGAGAAGUGGCCCAAAAUUUUGGUACUCGGACUUUGAAUUUAGAAUCCUGCCUCCAAUUUUUGUAGUUGUGCGAACAUUCAUCCAAAGCAAUCUUGACGUACUCCACUUGUCUGGAUGAUAAAAGACUAGACCUUCUCUACCUCUAAAGCAACAACACUUUGGGCGGUACGAGCAUGACGAUGUCUGCGUCGCAGACUUCGCGUCGUCCAGGUGGAAGUAGUAUCCUGGGUAACUUGCAGCCACUGCCACUAUCAGCUCACAAUCCAGAUGGGCCCUCCGCACUACCGCACUCGUCGCCACGAAGGCAGUUUGGAUUGCAAAAGACCACACCAGGAGAGAUAUUCAAGGACCGACAUCCUUCAUCCUCUUCUACCGCUACUCCGGGAGGCGGUCAUAUGAGAGGUAACUACGAUGUGAACAGUGUUAUGACAUCAGGAUAACAAGGGACUCAUCUUGUUACAUGAAAGGCAUUAUAAAGAGCUCGCUAUCGAGAAAAGACAAGAUGAAAAUUUUUCUUACAAAAUGAAAAUUUUUCUUACAUAGCACCGAAGAUGGAGCGCCGACACGAAAGUCAAAGACUACCGAUGCUGAAACUAUUACUACUCAUACAUCUGGGGAACAUCUUCAACUUUUGAUUAUAUAUUAUUACUUACAAAGAUACGAGUGCUUACAAAAAAACUAAGUAGAGAAAGCAAGAUGAUUGUUGCACAGAACGUUGUUUCAAUUGUUACCAAUGUUGGCUGCUCUAAUGAUAGUGCCGAACAAGAAGAAGAGGCGGGCAACAUGAGCGGCAGCAAAAGUAGUACGACUGGUGGUGCAUUGUUUAACGCCACGAUAGCAAGGAAAAGGGCAGAGCAAGAUGCAUUGCUGCUUCAGAACCGAAUCCAAUUACUGAAGCUUGAAGAAGACAAGGCUUUGCAGAAAACCAGGCAAACAGAACAGAAGUUAUGCUCUCAAGCUCUGGAUAAACUGUAUCCAGGUUAGCAUCUCAAGCACGACAGCAACAGGCAUUGCAGGCGAAGAAGGGCAUAGGAGUCAAAGUAUUCCAGGACGAGAUGAUAGACCGUAUAAACUCACGCAUAUUUUUUGCUUUUCUCAACACGAGAAUCUCAACACGAGAAUCUCAACACGAGAAUCUCAACACGAGAUUCCCUAUCCUAUAUUACCCUAUCCUUUUCAACUAUGCUAUCCUAUCGUGUGCGUCCUGCGAUCUUCUUUCUUUGUUUUACUCUAAUUCCCGCCGGUGACAUUCUGAACUUGCGCACUCGGAACAAUAUGCGCCAGCAAGAAAGGGAAGAAGCAGAAGCUGAGCUGCGACGAGAGCAGGAUAGACAGAAGAGCUUGGUCCAGAGACGGAAACAACAGCAGAAUCAAGUGAAGGAUCUGACACAAAAACUUAUGGAGCCAACUUAUGGAUUUUAGUUUCUACGAGAGAGUCAAGGUGGUCAACAAAAGAGCUAGAUUUAUAAGUAAUAAUGAGGAUAGCAGCACUGUAAGAACGCCCUCACUUCACGCUCGAAGAUGAUCGCAAAGGUCAAUAAACAUCGAGACUUCGAGAGUAGGUAGUGCUUCUUCACUUCUAAAAAGCAAGACGCCCAGCGACGAAAGCAGGAGUAUUUGAGGGCACAGAGCGAUAGGAGGGAAGCCGAGGAGCGAAUGCGCCAGGAGAAGGAGCUCUACAGACUAGAAGCAGAGGAGACGCGGCAGCGAAUAAGGAGAGAAAGGUUUUUUUUUCGCAAAUCUAAAACCUAUAGAAGUGGGUUUAAGUUGGUUCUUUCCAACAUUUAAACAAUCUUGAUCUUUAUUUUCUUCUAUUGAUUCUUGGUGCACCAUUGCUACAAUACCUCUACAGGUUAGCAUCUCAAGCACGACAGCAACAGGCAUUGCAGGCGAAGAAGGGCAUAGGAGCCAAAGUAUUUCAGGAGAAGAUUGACCGGGAGCAACGUUUGAAGGAUGACAAGGAGGCCAUGAUAAAAGGUACUUAGCAUAAAAACAUGCUUCAUCUGAAGGACAUAACCCAAAGAUCCUCUGAUGCUUUUUAGUCUUAGGCUGAAGGCAGAACAAAGUAAAAGUUGUAAGCGAGGGAAAAGUAAUGAUCAACUGCUUGCAACGCUUGAAGGGACAAAAGAUCCUCAUCUUCGUUGUACUUCCGAACCUAAUAAAUUUUAGCCAUUUUCACAUACUACUCACCACAGAAAUGGAGCGUGAGGAGAUUGUAUUGAUUCGGAAAUUGCAAGAAACGCAGCAGAGACAGCAGGCUGCUUACGAAGUAUUGGAGGAUAUCAUGUCGCAGCCGCCAACCGGCUUAACAUCUCGUGCAGAGUCCUCUCAUGCUGGAGUAGGGGCGCCGGGUUCGAAUAGCAGGUACAACUAAUUAAAGACGCUACAUCCCGUGAGUGGGUACAUCAAUCAAUCAAUAAACUUAAAGGUGAAAAAAAAAAACUGUGUUGUCGAAUAUCACACAUACUAAGGACAUUCAGGACAUCUUCCCAUACAUUUCUUGUAAGCUGGUACUCGAAACUGCUUAUCAAUCUGUACUUGUAGUCUAAUCUACAAGUUUUCGGACCUGCUAAGCUACAAGUUUUAGGUGCCAAAAGCAAACGUAUGAAUUAUAGAUACAUACCGAAUCUUUCAUCGUGCCAAAAGCCACAAUGAAUACGUCGAAGCAGAACUAUUCUUUCACCGGAAAAAAAUACUGACAUAGCAAGAAGCAAUUCAACUUUUUAUAAGCGAUUUUAGUUGUGCAUUUACAGUUCCUCUCCUUUUACAGACGCUCGAACAGCAAGAGUAUAGUGGAACAAGAGGUUAGCGAGCGGCUGCGAAAAAUCAAGGAGCGUCAGGGUGGAUCGUACUACUUACAUACUCUGCACUUAAGAUUUCGCUUUUGCUUUUCAGCUAAGUAUAAGAAAAGGAACUUGGAAUACGGAUUUCCAAAACUAAGGUCCUGCUCUUCCGGUGCAUCGUCUGAGGCGGGCGAUGUAUUUUUGCCGAUGCUUCCAGAAGAGAGGCCGGCAUCUACUUCUGAGGCAGCUCCUUUAGUCGUGAGAAGUAGUGGCACGGCUUCUGUCAAAACGGGUUCUGCCUCAGCCAGCAAAUCCAAAUGGAAUCCUACUGAAGCCGAAGCAUCUUCAGCAGCAAAAAGAAGUAGCAGUAAAAGUGAUUCCGAUGAUCACGCUGGUGUCAGAAAAAACAGUGGUACAAGCAUGGGACCGUCAUCUGCGAGUAGAGGUAGGACUUCUGGUGAUGCCAGUGCGCGUCGGGAUGAGCAAGAAAACGGAGAACCUCGCAAGUCUACUAGUGCCACGUCAACAAAAGGAGGCUCAAACAAGCAUGGGGGUGCCCCUUCACCUCCAGUACAGCAGUCCUCUGGAGAGGCGACUUUGACCUAUACAACCGUAGAUGGUCAGAAGAUUGAAAUUGACGUCGAACCAGACGUUUUGAUGGAGGAACUAGAAUUAGCCUCAAUGCUCAACAGUUGACAUGAGGAGUCUGGGAUGAGCAACUACAAUUGACACGUGACCUUUUCCUUAGAAGAAUCAACAUUGGUGAGAAACACAUUGUCAUUGCCCAUUGGAAGAUAGGAGCGGUAAAUCCGUCAGCAUCUUUGAAGAAGAUAUUUUGUCUCCGUAACAUGUGUCACUCUCUGUGUUCACAUGCAAUUUCUAAACUUGGGUAAUCGUCUACCAAGAGUAGGUCCACCCCAAAGAUAUACUUAUCUCGUCAUCUCUUCUCUGUCUUUUAUGUCCCUCUCACACGUUUCGCGCGGAGCCUUUAAUGAUACGCUUCUCGUCACAUCACGCAGUACUAUGACGAUGAAAGGGACCUUCAUACGGGUUUUCAUUUGAUGCUGAAUGAACGAAUUCUCUG